UGGCUAAGAUUGUAGCUUGUGUGGCCGUUCCGAAAAUCUUUCUGCUACUCACUCGAAAGGUCAAAAUCUUUUCUCUGUUAACAACUUCUUUUUUUUACUAAAAUGCCUCUCGGGACCAAAUCAGAAGCCAUAACAUUCUUGUGAACUCCGUUUGUUUUUGUUUCCUAAUGUCUUUCUUCUUCACAAUUGCAUUUUCUUCCAAUCUCCCCCUCACUCACCCAUCUUCAUGAUUCUUAAUUACCAUUCUUUUUAACUUCUAAUAACUCAACCAAAAAAAAUCAUUUUUUUUUCUUCUCAUUUUUGGGUCUAAUGGCUGUUUCUGCUUUAGCAUUAGCAUCUCCAUUCAGUUUCACAAAACUCCAUCAAAGAAUUUCACUUUUCAAUCAAAACCAUUCUCCAAUCUUAAAUGCAAAAAACCCAUCUCUUAAACCCAAAAAACCCUCCUUAACCCUUUAUGGUUCUCCUCUUUUGAACCAUUCUCUUGUUAAAUUAGCUCCUACCCAAAUCAGAGUUUCUUCUGUUGAAUGUUUAGAUGCUAUUGAUGAACCUGAAAGGUUGAUGCUUUAUGAUGAAAAACCUGUUAAAUUUGCUAUCUGGGUCAUUUUCUGGGCUUCUAUGUCUUUGGCUUGGUUUGCUUAUUCAAAAGAUGCUAAUGCUGCUGUUGAUUCCAUUAAAGCUUCUGGAUUUGGGUUAAAGAUUGCUAAUUCGUUGAGAAAAUUCGGUUUACCUGAUUGGGUUGUUGUGUUUACUCUUGCUACACUUCCUGUUCUUGAGCUUCGUGGUGCUAUUCCUGUUGGUUAUUGGUUGCAACUCAACCCUGCAACUUUGACUGUGGUAUCCAUAAUUGGGAACAUGGUACCUGUGCCGUUCAUCAUACUCUACCUGAAAAGAUUCGCAUCUUUCCUCGCUUCUAAGAGCCCAUCGGCAUCGCGAUUCCUCGACAUUCUGUUUAAGAAUGCCAAAGAGAAGGCUGGACCAGUGGAGGAGUUUCAGUGGCUUGGUCUGAUGCUCUUUGUGGCUGUCCCAUUUCCCGGUACAGGAGCAUGGUCCGGUGCCAUCAUAGCAUCCAUUCUCGAUAUGCCGUUCUGGAUCGCUGUAUCUGCAAAUUUCUUUGGUGUCGUAUUCGCUGGGCUGCUCGUAAAUUUGCUGGUGAACCUUGGUUUGAAGUAUGCAAUCAUUACCGGUAUCGUCCUUUUCUUUGUUUCGACGUUCAUGUGGACCAUCCUUAGAAAUCUUAAAAAAGGUUUGAGCUCAUCAAAACGACUGUUUUAAAAUGUCUUAGUUGUCAUUAUCAAUACAAAGACAAGUGUUUAAAGUUUCUUUUUAUUCAUUCUCUUCAUUAGUUUUUAGGAGCUUAUAUUUAUGUAAAUAAUGUAUAAGAUUGAAAUGGCUAAGGUUUUGUGCGUAUGUGUAAAAUCAUGAUGUUUAGGAAAAAUUAGAGAUUCAACUGACUGAUAUUCCUUGUUGUAGAACAUCUUGGCUAUGAAACACAGACUCAACACAGGUAAUGAGAAAAUGGAAGUAAUUGAAUGUAACCAUAUAUGUCGGGGUUGUAUUGAUGUCCGACAUUAACACAUGUCAGGUGAUUCGCCUUCAAUCUUAAGGGUCAAUGCUACAUAUUCUGGA